GCCAGUGAAACAGCGUCUGAAAACACUGAAAACAUCGAUGAGGAACACACCAACUGCUGCCAGGCCUGCUGCUCUCGGAUGAUGAAGAUCGGCUGCUGUCGGACGCUGCGUCGGUGGAAUCGAGUCUGUCGCAGGAACUGUCGCACUGCCGUCAAAUCGGUGACGUUCUAUUGGCUGGUUCUGCUGCUCGUCUUCCUCAACACCUCCCUCAGUGCCUCCGAGCACUACAACCAACCUGAUUGGCUGACACAAGUGCAAGACAUCGCCAACAAGGUGCUGCUGUCUCUGUUCACGGUGGAGAUGCUGCUGAAGAUGUACAGUUUGGGUCUGGCUCAUUACUUCGUGGCGUUCUUUAACCGCUUCGACUGUUUCGUGGUGUGUGGCGGCAUCAUGGAGACCAUCCUGGUGGAGCUGGAGAUCAUGCCUCCUCUGGGGAUCUCAGUGCUGCGCUGCGUCCGCCUGCUGAGGAUCUUCAAGGUCACACGCCAUUGGACGGCUCUGUCCAACCUGGUGGCGUCCCUGCUGAACUCCAUGAAGUCCAUCGCCUCCCUGCUGCUGCUGCUCUUCCUCUUCCUCAUCAUCUUCGCUCUGCUCGGCAUGCAGCUGUUCGGAGGGAAGUUCAACUUUGACGAGACGCAGACCAAACGCAGCACCUUCGACGCCUUCCCACAGGCGCUGCUCACCUGCUUCCAGAUUCUGACCGGUGAGGACUGGAACGUGGUCAUGUACGACGGCAUCAUGGCGUACGGAGGGCCGGUGUUUCCAGGGAUGAUCGUCUGCGUUUACUUUGUCAUCCUCUUCAUCUGUGGUAACUACAUCCUGUUGAACGUCUUCUUGGCCAUCGCCGUGGACAACCUGGCAGGAGGAGACGGAGACGACAAGAAGAAAGAGAAGAAGGCGGAGGGAGCGGAGGAGGGGGAGGCUGGAGUAGAAGAAGGAGAAGAAGAGGAAGCGAAGGUGGACAUCGAUGAAGACACCGAGUACGAGGAGGAGGAGGAGCUUCCUGAAGGAGAAGACGAUGGAGGAGUCCAGUUGAAGAUGGCCGACCUGGCUCCUCCUAAAGAGAAGGUUCUUCCAAUCCCAGAAGGCAGUGCGUUUUUCUGCCUCAGCAAAACAAACCCCAUCCGUGUGGCCUGUCACACUCUGAUCCACCACCACAUCUUCACCAACCUCAUCCUCGUCUUCAUCAUCCUCAGCAGCUGCUCAUUGGCUGCCGAGGAUCCAAUCAGAGCGCACUCCUUCAGGAACAACAUUCUGGGUUAUGCAGACUACGCCUUCACCUCCAUCUUCACCGUGGAGAUUCUGUUAAAGAUGACGGUCCACGGAGCGUUCCUCCAUCAGGGCUCCUUCUGCAGGAACUGGUUCAACCUGCUGGAUCUGCUGGUCGUCAGCGUGUCUCUGGUCUCCUUCUUCCUGCACUCCAGUGCCAUCUCAGUAGUGAAGAUCCUCCGAGUCCUGCGAGUGCUCCGACCUCUGAGAGCCAUCAACAGAGCCAAAGGACUGAAGCAUGUGGUGCAGUGUGUGUUUGUGGCGAUCAGGACGAUCGGGAACAUCAUGAUUGUCACGACGCUGCUUCAGUUCAUGUUCGCCUGCAUCGGAGUCCAACUCUUCAAGGGUAAAUUUUAUCGCUGCACAGAUGAAGCCAAACACACUCCUGAACAGUGCAAAGGGACCUUCGUGGUGUAUAAAGACGGAGACGUGAACCUGCCGAUGGUCAGAGAGAGGAUCUGGCAGAACAGUGACUUUAACUUUGAUAACGUGUUGAUGGGGAUGAUGGCGCUCUUCACCGUCUCCACCUUCGAGGGCUGGCCCGCGCUGCUGUAUAAAGCCAUCGAUGCUAACGGGGAGAACUCUGGUCCCAUCUACAACUACCGGGUGGAGAUCUCCAUCUUCUUCAUCGUCUACAUCAUCAUCAUCGCCUUCUUCAUGAUGAACAUCUUCGUGGGUUUUGUCAUCAUCACGUUCAGAGAGCAGGGAGAGCAGGAGUACAAGAACUGUGAGCUGGACAAGAACCAGCGUCAGUGUGUGGAGUACGCUCUGAAGGCUCAGCCACUGAAACUUUACAUCCCAAAGAACCCGGUUCAGUAUAAGUUCUGGUCCAUCAUCAACUCCACAGGAUUCGAGUACGUCAUGUUCGUCCUCAUCCUGCUCAACACCGUCACACUGGCUGUCCAGCACUACGAACAGUCUAAAACUUUCAGCUACAUCAUGGACAUCCUCAACAUGGUGUUCACCGGACUCUUCACGGUGGAGAUGCUGCUGAAGCUGCUCGCUCUCAGACUCAGGCAUUACUUUGUGGACGCCUGGAACUCGUUUGACGCUCUGAUCGUGGUCGGCAGCGUCGUUGACAUCGUGGUGACUGAGUUCAGCAGUGGGGAGGACAGCUCUCGGGUGUCGAUCACCUUCUUCCGUCUCUUUCGAGUGAUGCGAUUGGUCAAGCUGCUGAGUAAAGGAGAGGGGAUUCGGACGCUGCUGUGGACAUUCAUCAAGUCGCUGCAGGCAUUGCCGUAUGUCGCUCUGCUCAUCGCCAUGAUCUUCUUCAUCUACGCCGUCAUCGGGAUGCAGACCUUUGGGAAGGUUGCGAUGCAGGAUCAUACUCAGAUCAACAGAAACAACAACUUUCAGACAUUUCCUCAGGCUGUUCUCCUUCUCUUCAGGUGUGCCACAGGUGAGGCGUGGCAGGAGAUCAUGUUGGCCAGUCUGCCAGGUAAACGCUGUGACCCCGAGUCAGACUACGAACCAGGAGAAGAGUUCAGCUGCGGCAGCAACUUCGCCAUCGUUUAUUUCAUCAGCUUCUUCAUGCUGUGUGCUUUCCUGAUCAUUAACCUGUUCGUCGCCGUCAUCAUGGACAACUUUGACUAUCUGACACGUGAUUGGUCGAUUCUGGGACCACAUCAUCUGGACGAAUUUAAGAGGAUCUGGUCUGAAUACGAUCCAGAGGCCAAGGGUCGUAUAAAGCACCUGGACGUCGUGGCUCUGCUCAGGAGGAUUCAGCCUCCUCUGGGUUUUGGGAAACUGUGUCCUCACAGAGUGGCCUGUAAGCGCCUCGUAGCGAUGAACAUGCCUCUGAACAGUGACGGGAUGGUGACCUUUAACGCCACGCUCUUCGCUCUGGUUCGCACCGCCCUCAAGAUCAAGACUGAAGGUAACCCCGACCAGGAGAACGAGGAGCUGAGGGGGAUCAUCAAGAAGAUCUGGAAGAGGAUGAAACCAAAACUCCUGGAUGAAGUGAUACCACCACAUGAAGAGGAGGAAGUGACAGUCGGGAAGUUUUAUGCGACCUUCCUGAUUCAGGAUUACUUCAGGAAGUUCAGGAAGAGGAAAGAGAAAGGAAAUCUGACGGGAGAGCCAGACGCUACCAACCCGUCUGCUGUCCAGCUGUGUAAAGCCGGUCUGAAGACUCUGCAGGAUCUCGGUCCAGAGAUGCGUCUGGCUCUGAACGAGGACCUGGAGGAAGAGGAUGAGGCCAUGAUGGAGGAUGAAGAGAUGGAGGAGGACGCUGCGUAUGAGGGUGAAAAUGGCUUCGGACCAGAGAAAGAUCGCCGAGGCUCCAUACUGACCACGCCCACUGGUCCUGGCGGUGUGGUGGGCGAUGGCGGCGUGUCUAAUGGAGGUCUGGUUCACCGGGUUGGCUCUCUCACCAAGAUGCCAAAUGGCAGCGAACGUGAUGAACAUAUUCGCCGUGGAGACAACAUGAGGUCAUCCAUCAAUCAUCACCAUCAGCGCCGCCCAUCAGUGAGGAACGGUCUGCUGGACCACAAGAGACCGUCAUACCACAAAUACGCAAGGAGGGACUCAAGGGACAGGUACUGGAGGAACGGAGACAUGGAGGCGUACGGAGAGCAGGGUUACUACAGCAGAGAGGAGGACAACGACAGCAUCACCUCCAGAGACAGACAUUACCCUGAAGAGCCUCCUCUGUACAGAGACCACUACGAUGGCCACGCCCCCUACACCAACAGUAGCUAUGGUAACGGAUACAACGAGGGCAGGAGGACCACCAGGAGACGCCUUCUUCCUGCCACGCCCACAGGUCGGAAGCCAUCAUUCAACAUCCAGUGUCUGAGGAGGCAGGGCAGCAGUGACGACCUGCCCAUCCCUGGGACGUACCACCCCACCUCCCCUCCACGCCGCACACGCACACAGACCUUCAGCAGUUACGAGUCUCGUCACUCCUCCGGUCGCUCCUCAGCAGCCUCCUCGGCGUCCUGGGCAAACCCGUGUCCACGGCGUGGUCGCCUCCUCUAUGCUCCCCUCAUCCUGGUGGAGGAGGAAGGCAGCCCAACUUGGGGGGGAGGAGGAGGAGGAGGAGGAGGAGGAGAGGUGAAGAAGGGAGGAGCAGGAAGAGCUCCUCCUCCGUACAGAGCGUACACCACCCUCAGAGUCCCCUCGCAGCUCGGCGCUCAGCUCACAGAGAAACGAGGCUCAGCCGACAGUCUGGUGGAGGCGGUUCUGAUCUCCGAGGGUCUCGGUUUGUACGCCCGGGAUCCGAAGUUCGUGGCGUUUGCGAAGCGGGAGAUAGCAGACGCCUGUCACAUGACGGUGGACGAGAUGGAGUCUGCUGCCAGCGACCUGCUCGGCACCGGGAGCCACAGUUUCCUUAGCAGCGUUGCUGCUGACCCCGCCGCGCUCUACAGUGAUGAGGAGCCAAUCAGGACAGGCCAUGACGAGGACGAGCUGGCCGACGAAAUGACCUGUGUGACAUCAUUUUGAUGGCCUCUGGACCAACGACAGAUGAGACUGAGAUUAGCAUCAGUGAUUGACAAGACAUUUGACCAAUCAGGUGAUAAGACAGAGAGGAGGGCGGGGUUUAAUCAGAGUAAUACUGACUGACGAGAUUGGUGGAAAAGCGAUGGAAGAUGGCGGUCAGCAGAGUGUGACUCAGCGCUGUCAAGUCGUCAUUGUGACGUGUAUCGUCAGCGUGUUGCUGUGGUGAAGCUGCACAGAAUCACACUUUACCCACAAUGCACUGCUGCUAGUUUUACAGGUUGUGUUGUUUUAUAAGAAGGUAAACACAGUUACAGCUAACCAGCUAAAGGUUAGCACUGUGCUGCAGCCAGUUAGCUUAAAGAGGGAAUAGCUACACCCACGCCAACGAAGUAUCGACCACCAGCAGCUGUGCGGCGUUAGCACGCUCAGAGUUACUGCACAGACCACAGACUGUAUGUCAAGAUGGCCGACGCGCCUCCACA